AUGGUACUGAGCAGAGCAGGAGCUGGCAUGGUACUGAGCAGAGCAGGAGCUGGCAUGGUACUGAGCAGAGCAGGAACUGGCAUGGUACUGAGCAGAGCAGGAGCUGGCAUGGUACUGAGCAGAGCAGGAGCUGGCAUGGUACUGAGCAGAGCAGGAGCUGGCAUGGUACUGAGCAGAGCAGGAGCUGGCAUGGUACUGAGCUGCGCUGGUGACUCUACUGCAGUAAUCUCCUCCUCCUCCUCUCAAGGCUUAGUUAGGAGGCUGAUGGUAGCAGAUGGGACCAGGGCACCAGGCUAAUAGGCUCACUGUCUCUGUGGGACGGCCGGCCCGGUUUCAAAUGAGUGGAUUCGGCUAUUUCAGCCACACCCGUUGCUGACAGGUGUAUAAAAUCGAGCACAUAGCCAUGCAUUCUCCACAGACAAACAUUGGCAGUAGAAUGGCCAUACUGAAGAGCUCAGUGACUUUCAACGUGGCACCGUCAUAGGAUGCCACCUUUCCAACAAGUCAGUUUGUCAAAUUUCUGCACUGCUAGAGCUGCCCCGGUCAACUGUAAGUGCUAUAGUUGUGAAGUGGAAACGUCUGGGAGCAACAAUGGCUCAGCCUCAAGCUCACAGAACGGGACCGACGAAUGCUCAAGCGCGUAGCGCGUAAAUAUCAUCUGUCCUCACUACCGAGUUCCAAACUGCCUCUGGAAGCAACGUCAGCACAAGAACUGUUCAUCAGGAGCUUAAUGAAAUGGGUUUCCAUGGCCGAGCAGCUGCCUAUUAAUGCCCAUGAUUUUGGAAUGAGAUGUUUAACGUGCAGAUGUCCACAUACUUUGGUCAUGUAAUGUAUGAACCCAUGAGAUAAACUGUGAUUGCACUUGUCAUCCUGGUGAGUUUCUCUUAAGAUACACUCUUGGAAAAAAUUUGCUAUCUAGAACCAAAGAGGGUCCUUAGGCUGUCGCCAUAGGAGAAGCCUUUGAAUAACCCUUUCCACAGAUGGUUCUACAUGGAACCCACAAGAGUUCUACCUGGAACCAAAAAGGUUUCUACCUGGAACCAAAAAGGGUUCUCCUAUGGGAACAGCCGAAGAACCCUUUUGGAACUAUCUAUCUAUCUAUCUAUCUCUCUCUCUCUCUCUCUCUCUCUCUCUCUCAUCCCCCCGUCUCUCUCUCUCUCUCUCUCUCUCUCUCUCUCUCUCUCUCUCUCUCUCUCGCUCUCUCUCUCUCUCUCUCUCUCUCUCUCUCUCUCUCUCUCUCUCUCUCUCUCUCUCUCUCUCUCAGGACUUUUACAAAGGGGGUAUCCUGCAGUGUCCAGAGGGGGUGUCAGUGUCUGAGCUUAGGGAAGCGUGUGACUACCUCUAUAUUAACUUUGACAACAGCACCGUCAAGUUCCGAGACCUCAGUGAGUAACACAGUCACACCUGGUUUGACCAGGGCUCUGUUCAAGACCGAAACGUUGAGUAAUGUUUUGCAACAUCGCAUGUACAACUAAAUUGCACUACUGUAAUUUGUUUUUAAUUGCUUAGUCUUCUUCAUCUUGAAUGUUCACUAUGGAGAUAUUCAUUUUGCCAUGCACAAGAGUAUGUGAACUAUCAACUACAACAACAAAUCAGAGGUCACAGUUAAAAUAAUGUGACCUCUAUCUGUUCCUGUCCCAGGUGCGUUGCUGCAUGAGCUGUCCAACGACGGUGCUAAGCGUCAGUUUGAAGUGUUCCUAGGGGAGCUGGUUGUCCCAGUGAUGGUGUCCAGUGCUCAGGAGGGGGAGAGGGAGUGUCACAUUGUGGUUCUCACAGAUGAUGAUAUAGUGGAUUGGGACUGUGACAACCCUCCACCCAUGGGAGAGGAGUACUCCCAGAGUAGGUGCCAUAGUUUCACGCCCCUCUCAGAGUAAUUAUAAUGAAUAAUAAAUUAUUUACAAAAUUGAUAAUUGAAAUGUAUCUUUUGGGCAGUGCUGUUCGUCAAAUGUUUAUACUUUAUAUUCUUGAGGAUCUAGCAACCCAACCUUUUUUGGAAAAAGAUUAUGAAUAUGUUUGUGAGUGAGCACGUUGUUUGAUAUUAUUUCCUGUUCGCUCUUCAAUGUGCCCAGUUCUGUACAGCACCAAGCUCUAUCGCUUCAUCAAGUACAUUGAGAACAGAAAUGUGGCCAAAGCCCUGCUGAAGGAGAGAGGACUGAAGAACAUACGCAUCGGCAUCGAGGGUGAGUCAAUUCCCAUGUCCCAAAACAACCCCUUGGCCCUUAGCCGCUUCUCCUAGCCCCUUCCACUUUGGUGUUUAAAGAUCCUAAGGAAACAACCAGGUAAAGCAAUCCAAGUGUUCCAAUGCUAUAGGCUACAUAGCAUUGGAACAUUUGCUUACAUCUAUCCAGUAUCCCUCAGAUCUAAAAACCCUCCAGAGAUACUGAACAUUAUGUGUGUGUGGUCCUCCUGUAUCCCAGGGUACCCCACCUGUAAGGAGAAGAUGAAACGGCGCCCGGGCGGGAGGUCAGAGGUCAUCUAUAACUACGUGCAGUGGCCUUUUAUCCAGCUGUCCUGGGAGAAGGAGGAAGGAAAGAGUCGACACGUGGACUUCCAGUGCGUCCGCAGCAAGAGUGUCCCCAACCUCAUCGCCUCUCUGGGGGAACCAACAUGA